AUGUCUUCUACCAGUGGGACAUUCGAAAUCUCGUCCCUCGGGGCAUUUUUCAUUUUUGGCCUCCUCUGGAUCGUGGCCAUCGGCGUAUUCCCCUUGCUAGCUCUGAUGCAUGCCUCUCCAGACCAAAAACCCAAAGGAUGUCGGCGACUGGGUCUUGCUCCAGGACAGAGCAAUCUUACCGAUGAAUAUGAUUCUAAAUACAACGAUGGUGUGCCCGGUGAUCAGAAAGAGGAGAAUGGCCUCCCCUCUUGGCGCGUCAAAGCCCUCUUCACCUACCCGCUCAAAUCCUGUGGCGGCAUCGAACUACAGACUUCCGAUGUCGUAGGUACGGGCCUCAAAUUCGAUCGCCAAUUCGCCUUUGCCGAGGAGACGGGCGACGGAUGGAACUGUCGUACUCUUCGCAAUGCCGGCUUCCAACGUAUGGCAUUGAUCCACACGGAGAUCUGGGUUCCCGACCCUUCCUCGCCAGAGUACGACGACCGUCGACCGGAGAUGCAGUCGGACGGCGUGAUGAUCAUUUCAUACCCGCGAGUCGCACCGUCAUGUCCCCUGGGUAUUGUUAUUAAGAUAGCCAUGGCAAUCCGCCUCCUCGAGUCUCGACGUUCAUUCCAGGUUCCCCUCGUCCCGGCCAAGAACAGCAAGUAUCCAGUUGUCCCGGUUAGAAUCUGGAAGGACAAGCCUCUCGCCUACGACUACGGGAGUCUCAUCCCACCUUCCCUGCACGCCUAUCUAGGCUUCGAUCACUCAAAGUCUACUCUGAGUCUCUUCCGUGCCCACCCAUCGCACAACCGGGAGAUUUUCCGCAAUGCACCUGGCAAAGAGCAAAUAGGCUUCCAGCCCAACACAGCCUUUGCAGACGCAUACCCGAUUCACCUCCUCAAUAUCACCAGCCAUCGAGAUGUCGCUGGACGAUGUGCAGAGGCGAUCCCACGCUUGAGUAUUAGACGGUUCCGUGCGAAUAUCAUCGUCCAGGGUCCCGAGGCUUUUGCUGAGGAUCAGUGGAAGAGGAUGAUGAUCGGGGAGACGGAGAUAUAUGCCGCAUGUCGCACUGUAAGAUGUCGCCUGCCGAAUGUGGAUCCUGAUACUGGGGAUCGGCACAAGGCAGAGCCGGAUCGGACGUUGAAGUCCUAUCGCCGGGUUGAUCUGGGUGAUCCGACGAAUGCUUGUUUGGGGUUGCAGCUCGUGCCUGCUGUUGAGGAGUGUUCCCUUGCUGUUGGUGAUGAGGUGCGGGUUUUGGAGACGGGGGAGCAUCGGUAUAUUAAGAUGCUGGCGCCUGGGGAGAAGGUUGAGGGUGUAUGA